GAAACCAUACUGCCCAAUAACUUUCCAGGGAUAAAUUUGAUCAAGAAGGCCUGAGAACUUUCCAGAUCUUCAUCUCCAGUAUAAAAUCCCCCAUCUCUAUGCCCUCCAGUCUAAUUUCUACGCAACAAUUAAGUUCUCUGUUGUAUCUCUCUCUCUCUCUCUCUCUCUCUCUCACAUCGCUUGUGUUUGUUAAGAUGCCGAGCCGAUAUCCAGGAUCCAUUACCCAGGACUGGGAACCCGUGGUACUCAACAAGUCGAGGGCCAAGGCCCAGGACCUCCGCAACCCGAAGGCGGUGAACCAGGCCCUGCGUUCCGGGGCUCCGAUACAGACAGUCAGGAAGGCCGACGCUGGUUCCAACAAGAAGGCUGCUCCGGUCGUCAACGCGAGAAAACUGGACGAGGCGGCCGAGCCGGCGGCCCUGGAUCGAGUGUCAACCGAGGUGAGGCAGGCGAUUCAGAAGGCGCGGCUGCAGAAGAAGAUGAGCCAGGCAGACCUGGCGAAGCAGAUAAACGAGCGGACGCAGGUGGUCCAGGAGUACGAGAACGGGAAGGCCGUGCCGAACCAGGCGGUGUUGGGGAAGAUGGAGAAGGUUCUCGGCGUGAAGCUCAGAGGAAAGGCUGUAAAGUGAUCACGUUGCAUGGCUGUGGAAGGGACGGUGUGUUUGGUGGUGUUAGUUUUGGACAUAUAUGUGUUGGUUCUUGGGUCAUGGGGUUGUUUAGCCCUUUCUUGUUUGUAAUAGAACGGUAGCUAGGGUUUCCAUUUUGCCUACAGAGAGGCUGGUGAAGACUGAUAGUGGAAGAAGCUACAACGCCUGUACAAAUAUAUGAAAAUGAAAUAUGGAACUUCAAAUUAUCAA